UACUGUUUCAUCGUUGGAAUCAUAUAUAAGUUCUUAGAGCUUGUUAAUACCGAGGAUAUUGCUGAUGUUGGGUUGAUAAUUGCUCCUUACUGGUGGAAGUUUGUUUGUUCGUUAUUCAUGUCAGUUGAACAGAAAAUCAAAAUGGCGACAUUAAAACGAGCGGAACUGUCAGUGUCAUGAAUGUGUGCAUGUGUGCGCAAAACGUUUUGAAGUUACUGCGUGGAUGUUGAUAGCACGAAUCUUUUGAUUGUUGCAGGGCUAAAAAUAAUGUGUUACAAUCGGUCUAUUACUAGUUUUAACUGGGAUUGGGCGUGCCAGUACGUCCCAGGUCACACACCAUGCGGACGUACAUGAUGACGUACCAUGCCUGUGUCUUGUGAAGUUGUGUGUGUCGCGCCGAAGUGACGGUCGGCACGGCAUAACUUAGCGGCAUAGGAAUAAGGAUCAUGCAUGGCAUUAUGAUGUAGGCCAACAUACAUGGUGGGCUAGGGCCGGCUCUUCGCAUGCAUUAUGUGGGAAAUCCCGCUAAAAGACAGCGCAAUGUCGGCUGAAGGAGAUGACACAGCGCCACUGGAAGAUAUCUUCAUGACAGAUGGAGAUAAAAUGCAAACAGAGGCAGAAUUUGCAGGAAGAGAUGGAGAAACAGGUUCCGAAUCCUCUGACAGACCUGGAACAGAUGUUGUAGAGAAUGCAGGAGGUACCACAGAGCCACAUUCCCCUCCAGGGGACCCUCGGACCAAUUUGGUGGCCACUGCUUCCAGUGAAAGCUCCUCAGGCGUGGCUCAAGGUUUGUCCGCCACAACCAAGACAGGCUUACAUCUGGCUGGCCCAGACGAAGAUGCCCUCAUGCCGGAGGGAGAUCCUGCCCAGCCCGACUCCUCCCACAUUGAGAUCCGACUGCAAGGGGACCCCUCCAAUUCACACGGCGUGUCCGAGAUCCAGCCGACGUCUGAGGUGGGUGUGCCAGACAGGAGGAUCCUGAACCUGGAGGUCAGUUGUAAGGAGCCAAGCAAGGAGCCGGCUUCCCCGGCCGACAAGGAGAAGGUGUACACUGUCCUAUACUCCUGCAACAAGUGCAGCUUCUGCACGAGCAAACUCAGCGAGCUCAAGCUGCACGCCCAAUCGGAGCAGCAUGAGAACGGUCUCGGGAAGGACGAUGAUGCGAGUUCUGGGCAUGAGCCUGGCGAGGACCAGGCCUUGAAGAUCCAGUAUGCCUGCAGUAGCUGCUCCUUCAAGACGGAGCGCUACCAUGCCUAUCGGGAACACCUGCUCACCCACACCAAGAUCAGCGCCAAGGAGCUGUUCAAGUGUACAGACUGUGAUUACACCACCCGUCACAAGUACAACCUGAAGACUCACCUGAAGCGGCACGCCAAGCUCGGGGAGCUGGCCGAGGAGGAACUCUUCCGCUGCGACCAGUGCGACUACGUCUCGCCCUACAAGCACGACCUAAUGACCCAUCGCAAGAAGCACGACCCAGAGAAGCCCUUCCGCUGCGACCAGUGCGACUUCCAGAGCAUCUACAAGCACAGCCUGAUCCACCACGUCCGCUCCAAGCACGAGCGGCUGCGGCCCUUCAAGUGCGACCAGUGCGACUACAGCUCAGCCCGCAAGCAGGACCUGCAGACGCACAUGGGGCGCCACGCCGCCGAGAAGCGGUUCAAGUGCGACCGCUGCUCCUACGCCACCCCCUACCGGGUCAGCUUCAAGGCCCACAUGGACCGCCACAUGGGCAACAAGCUCUUCAAGUGCGAACAGGAAGGCUGCGACUUUGCCACCACCACAAAGCAGAACUUGAAAUCCCACGAGCUGCGACACUCCACCGUCAAACCUUUAAAGUGUGCCUUUUGCGACUACACAGCUGCUCACAAACAACAGAUGAUCAACCACGAACAGAAGCACGGCGUGAUGGACCCGCCCACCAAGACCUACAGCUGCCUGUCCUGCGACUACAAGACGGCCCACCGCUACAGCCUACAGCGCCACAUGAACCGGCACCGCGCCGACCGACAGAUGCCGGCCAAGGACUACGUCUGCGAGGAGUGCGGCUACUGCACGGGCUAUAAAAACAGCCUCAAGCGCCACAUGGCCAAGCACUCGGACGUCAAGCCCUUCAAGUGCGGCCACUGCAACUAUUCGGCCAUCAACAUGACCCAGAUGCACGUCCACAUCGCGAAGCACACCGGCAUCAAGCCGUUCAAGUGCGAAGUCUGCGACUACGCCACGGCCAACAAGCAGCACCUGGUGGGCCACAUGGCCAAGCACUCAUCGGUCCGUCUCAACUGCCCGCACUGCAGCUUCUCCACGGCCUGGAAGCAGCGGCUGCGGGCCCACCUCAAGGCCCACGAGACGGGCCAGCUGUUCCAAAAGAGAGUGUUCUCCAGCACUGCUGUGCAGACUGGCAAGAUUCUGUACACCCUGCCGGAGCCCAGCCAGGACCAAGGGGACGACGUGGCGAUGAGGAACCACGCCCUGAACGAGAUCUCUAAUGCCAUUGAAGCCUUCCACUCCUACAGCCUACAGGUGGAGGUUGCCUCCAACCAAGACCAGGUCAAGGGAAAUGGUGUGUCGCCCUCCGGCGGACAGGACCAAGAUUCCUCCUGUCAGGAGGCAGAUAGUGGCUCGCAGAGAAGUGUUGAACAGGUUCAGCUGGUAGACGAAGACGGCAACCGAGUGUCGGCAGCCCUGCAGUGUGUCAAUGGGGAGCAGGCCAUCGAGGUCCUGGUCGACGGGGGCGUCAAGAGCACGGUCGCCCUUAAAGAUUUACAGAAAGACGGCUCCCAAGUCUUAGUGUGGGGCCAGGAUGGGAAAUCGGCCGGCCAACCACAGACAAGCAGCGAGACCCGGCAGGAAUCCGGCACCGAGGCUGAAAGCGAUGUGGCGCUUCUCGUCAUCGACGAGAUGCAGACAGUUUAAGAAGUCGAGAUGCUUGGAGAUCCCAGCUGUACAGGUGGCCCGGUCGGACACUAAGCCAGGAGUCAGGACCCACAAAGGGCCAUUUUUUUUAUCUCCAAACCCUGCUAAGCUCAUCCAGCUGCAAACAGCAGAACAAUUCUCGCCUGUCUAACCACUCUCCCGGUCCUCUUUUACAAGUCCUUAUGGUUUCUUAAAAGCGGUGUGUGGCAAGUCCGUGCUCUUACAUCUUCAUCAAAUAAAUCAUAUAAGGAAACCGACUUAUAAAUACAGUAUAUCAAUUACAAAGAUAAAGAAAGAAAUUGACUAGAGGAGGAUUCGAACCACCAACCAGCUGAGCUAUCCAACCCUACUUUGGCAGCUUCUCAAUUGUCAUCUUUGUUCAGGGAUGCUUGUCAGAAGUCACUGUCACCUUUUCCUUAAAACUAUUUCAACCAUUUUUUUUUUCUGUUAUCAUUUGUUCUUCAUUUGUUUGCUUCAACCUUUUGAGUGCGAAGACGUUGUUAUUUUACAUUUGAUGUUUUUCGUGUGUUCAUGUACACCGGUGUUAAUCCUUUAUUUUCUUUUGACAUACGAAGUAUUUCUUUUCUGCAAGGUGUUACCAUGGAGACUGGGGUUCUCAGAGAGAUUAUUAGGUUGCCUUCACCUCAUCGUUCAAAUGAAAUUAUGACUUGAACCGAAGAUUCCUUAUUCGGUGUGAAUUUUGUCCAUGAGAAGUUUAACAUUUUGGAUUGAUGUGAACUUGUCAGCACAUUUGAAGCCAAUAAAGCAGUUCUGUUGGAGCAGCUCUACCAAAGUGAAACAUA